AUGACAAUUACAAGAUCAAUUUCAUCGUUUAGCGGAAUGACUUCCCCUCAAACAAACUCCAACCAACAAAUUGUUUCAGAUGUUGUUAAUAACAACACAAAAAGAAAUUCUAUCCAAUCAAAAAAUGGUGUUUCUGAGACUUCUACUAAAUUUGGUGAUGUUACAGAUAGUUCCCAACCAUGUUCAAUAUUAUGA